UUCUGUGCGAAAGAUUUCAACGAUGGACGAUGAAGAACGUAUGAGAAUUCUUUCAAAAAUUCUUGGACUUGCACACUGUCUUACUCUUUAUUUGAAAACUGGGCUUAAUGUGUGGGAUUUGAAAGAAAAGAUAAUAAUUUAUUCUGUAUCCAUCAAUGAGCAUUUUGGCGAGAAAUUGUUAAAGGUUCUGGAAAGUGUACAGGAUACUAAGGACUAUGACAAUUUAGACAUAGGGAUUCUUUUUACCUUGUUGAUAAAUUUCUGUCGCAAUAUAAAACCUCCUGGGACAGGAUGGGACUAUAAGCCUAAGGAUGAGGAUCAUUCUGUUGGAGCUGACAUAGAGAGGAUCCGCAUUUUGUGGAAUCUGUAUUGCGAGGAUCAAGUUGAUGUUCCAUAUCUUCAGGAAAUGUAUGGACGAAUGAGUGAUAAAUUUGGAGAUCUUUCUAAAGAAGGGGAUUCAGCUAGUUCCAAUAAAGCUGAUUGUAAUGCAUCGAAACAGAAAAUUCAAAUUGUAAGUUUGAAGACGAACUAUAAUGUUGAAAAUGGAAUAGUUGUGACAAAGAACAUCAAUUCAGCCAUGGCACUAUUGGACACAUCUGGCAUUGUGAUUUGUAUUGGCGCCAUUGGAUGUGGCAAAACAACGUCUAUGAGAUAUAUACAAGAUAUAUAUAAGGACCAAGGUUGGGAGACGGUUUGGUUUGAUGAACAUAUUGUUGAAAAUGAACGUAUUAGAUAUGAAAAUGACAAAAAAACUUCAAUUUUUGUGAUAAUUUGUUUGGGACAUUUAACUGUAAAGCAUUUUCUUCCGACCAUGUCUUAAUGUGUUAAUCAGAAACACAUGAAAAAAAGCAAUGGACAUUUAAAAGUUUUAUUGGGAAUUCAUCAAAAUGUGUACGACGAAAUCUUGAAAUUAGGUAGGGUACAGAUUAUGGACACCAAAAAUUUGAUCGAUUUUGAUCAUCUCGAUAAAGCUGAAAUGUUAUUGAUUUGGAAAGAGUUGAAAAAAGAGGGCCACUGCGUUCGUGAUCCAAGCUGCUGGUUUAAAGACAUCGAGUUUUUAUCUGUAUUCUCAA